CCCCGCGGCGCGCCGCCAGCCCCGCUCCGGCCCGCCUCACGCCGUGCAGCCGGGCGCCCUAGCGAGCGCGGGCCCGGCGCCGGGCCCGGGCAGACGUUGGGGGGCGUCUCCGCGGAGACUCUCUCUGAGGCCCCUGAGCGGCGAGGGCGAAGGCGAGGCUGAGUGGGGCCGAAAUCAUGAACCGGAGUUUUCAUAAGUCUCAGACCCUACGCUUCUACGACUGCAGCGCUGUGGAAGUCAAGAGCAAGUUUGGCGCCGAGUUCCGAAGGUUCUCCUUGGACCGCCACAAGCCUGGGAAGUUUGAAGAUUUCUACCAGCUGGUGGUGCACACCCACCACAUCUCUAACACCGAGGUGACCAUCGGCUAUGCCGAUGUGCACGGGGACCUGCUGCCCAUCAACAAUGACGACAACUUCUGCAAGGCGGUCUCAAGUGCAAACCCCUUGCUUCGAGUCUUCAUCCAGAAGCGAGAAGAGGCAGACCAUUACAGCUUCGGAGCAGGCACUCUGUCACGGAAGAAAAAGGUGCUGGUGACCCUGAGGGAUGAGGGUCUGCGUCGGCGUCCCCACCUCAACAUCAGCAUGCCGCAUGACUUCCGCCCAGUGUCAUCCAUCAUCGAUGUGGACAUCCUCCCAGAGACGCACCGCCGAGUGAGGCUCUACAGACACGGCUGUGAGAAGCCACUGGGCUUCUACAUUCGAGAUGGCACCAGCGUGCGGGUGACGCCCCAUGGGCUAGAAAAGGUACCAGGUAUCUUCAUUUCUCGAAUGGUGCCCGGGGGCCUUGCAGAGAGCACUGGGCUACUGGCUGUGAAUGAUGAAGUCCUGGAGGUGAAUGGGAUUGAGGUAGCUGGAAAGACAUUGGAUCAAGUCACAGACAUGAUGAUAGCCAACAGCCACAACCUCAUUGUCACUGUCAAGCCGGCCAACCAAAGGAACAAUGUGGUCCGCAGCAGCCGCACGUCCGGCAGCUCUGUGCAUUCCACAGACAGCACCACCAGUCACCACAGCCUGCCAGGUGCCCAUGUCCUGCAGAAUUCUGAGGAUGUGGAGAGUGACGAGGAAGCCGACAUUGUCAUUGAAGGGGCUCUAGAACCUCAACACAUUCCCAAGACGCAGGCUGUACCUCCAGGCAGCCUCUCCAGGGCCAAUGGCACCAGCCUUGCUCACAGGCUGCACAGAGGGGACAUGAGCCUGCAUAGCUCUGGGAGGGAGAGCAACGGCAGCAUCCACAGAUUUCUCAGCUCUCUGAAGCCAGAUCCCCGACACAGCCUGGUCCUCCCCCAAGGAGGGGUGGAGGAACAUGGGCCAGCCAUUACACUCUAGGGCUCAAGCCACUUGGGCAGGCUAGAGUCCCAGACAGACUGUGUGUUACCAAGACCCAUGAGUGGCAAAUAUUAAAUAGCAUGUAGUACUGUUAGAUAUAUAGUGACUCCAAAGAGAAGCGCUUUCCAUUUUUAUGUCAAUUUUAAAAUAAGAAAAAUAAUUGUAUACUUCAUCUUUUUCUUUUUCAUCAUCAUUCCUACAACCGUAUUCUUUAUUUAAACUUUUAAACAAGAAUACUAUUUUUAUAGGGUUUUUCCACAAACUUAAAAUAUGCACAACUGCAAAUUAUCUGGGCCAGGCCUCAGUGCCUGUCCAGAACCUUUGUGGAGUGAAACACAACACAAAAGUGCAGAGAGUAUUUUUAACAUUUUUUAAAAUACUUGUUUUUAAAAUGAAGCUUUAUAGAUAACUUUUUAAAAACAGUAAAAUUCAUGUUUUUAACCAGUUCAUGUAAAACUAUCCACUGACCCCGUGUGGCUGUGACAGAGCAAUGGCUGGGCUCCAUCACAGGGAGUCUGUUUCCACACUGUUUACAACCAGCUUAGAAAGCCCUCUGAACUAUACACAAGACCCGCUGGGAUUACAACGCUCUGCAUCUGCGGAGCUGCCCUAGCCGUGACAGUCAGGCAGUCACUGCUGUCAGCUCAAGUGGAUUUAGGAACCAAGCAACUCUGCUGGCUAGAAGGUGAGGCCAGUGGUAGCACGUGGGAUUAAAAGCCAACUGUUCCAUCCGUGUUUCCUCUGGGUUGGCUGACUAGUGCGGUUUUAAGGCGUCUUCAGUAGAAAUGAGUCUCGUACCUCUGAAGGCCCACAGCCGUGGGGUGAAUGUGCAUGUUAGCUUUGCUUUUGAAAUAGCUAGUUAUUUUUAUAAGAGAAGAUUCGAGCAUGUCAGUGCCUGUUCCUAGAAUAGUGAUCAAUGGCAGGAAACAUCUUAACUACAAGUCACCGUGGAACUUAAUAGUUUUGACAGAUCACUUUUCUUUAGCCUUAGAGGUGUAUCAAUGUCUGACCCAGUUAAAUUUUAUAUGAAUUGUGCUUUCUGUUUGGAUACAGUGUUGGGAGAGAAUAUCCAAUUGAUUAACUGAGGACAAACUGACCAAGUGACUCCUCCAUGUAAAUAAAGCUUUAAAGUGUCUUCAUCUUCCAGGUCGAGUGCCCCAGCUGCUGCCCUUAUGGUCUAGCGUCACCUGCUGGUAAGACGCAGAACUGUCCUGACUUCAUGAAUGCCAGAUGGAGAAUGCAUCUCAGCAUUGGCCUUUGUCCAGAAUUCAUGCUGUCAAAUAGUGUUUUUCUUUCCUUUGGGGAACUGUUUACUGAGCAGAGGUGGCCUUGGUUAAGGAUUGCUUCCUUGGCCUGUGCCUGUCUCUCAGUUAUGUGCGGAGUAUCCACACAAGGAGAGCAAGAUACUCCCCGGGUCUCGGCGAGGGUCCAGGCACCCAGACUCAUGGCUUCUAAACUGCUAAAAUCAACUGUUUUGUUUCCAUGUUGCUGCAGUGAUCUGAAAUGUGCUUUUCUAAGACAGACAUUACAGAACCAAAA